GGGAUAUAUAGGUCUCACUCAGCGGUACCUGCUGCGGGAACAUGGCCACGAAAGCGUUGAUUGGGGCGGUAUUCGUGGGUUUGGUGCUACAGAGCUCAGGCCUGACGUGUUACGAAUGUUAUUCUGCUCGGGAACCCCAGCUUUGUACGUACCAUCGCGAGUGUGGCCAAAACGAGAAAUGUGGCACACACAAGACACGGGACAAUUAUGGAGCGACUGUAUAUCACCUGGAGUGUCUAUACGAUACGAUAUGUGAAGGCUCGGAGUCUCCGCCCACUUUUGUUGGGAGGCGAAAGCGCGAUUCCUACCAGUCGGAAGUGACGUGUUGUGACACCGACCUUUGUAACCAUGGAAACAACAUAGCUGCUACCACAGAAAUACCUAUAGACUCAACGACAGUUCUGGGAUGUCAUGACAACAGCGUUUGUGAAGUAUUUAAACACUUACAAGUACAAACGUGCGACUCCGACGAUAUAGCCAUUCGGCUAUGUCCGUCGAUGUGCAAUCGGUGCAAUGACGUCACAUCUGAUGUACCAAUGUCAGGCUCUGUUACUUCCGGUUUAGAGGUGAUGUCGCCUAGUGUUUGCCGAGACACGAACACAAACUGUGCUUAUCUAGACGAUACUGUACGCAUGUGCGAACAUCAUGAGGUGGCCAUACAUUUAGGAUGUCAGAAAACCUGUAACUUGUGUGAUGCUAUUUCUUCUACGGGAACGUACCCUCCGGAUGUCACAAACACAUCAAAUAAGCUAACAACGGAAACUACAGAGCCAGAUUCUACUCCACAGAGUACAGAACUCAUUUACGCAACGUCAGAAAGGUAUACAGAAUACCUUACUCGACCUAACUCCACAGAGAACUCCACACCAUAUACAUUCCAGCCACGUUCUACAGAAAAUUUAAGCGGAGAAACUUUUCCAUCAAGGUCUACCCCACACGCACCUGUCACAACAACAGAUCUACAGGAACAAUACAGAACGUCCGCGUCACAUCUCCUACCAGACACAACUUACGCAGUGACGACCACUCUUCCACCUACUACCACGCCGAGGCUAUGUGACGUCACGCCGCCUACUGGUGGCCAGGAGUAUGUGUUCCUGUACCCAACCAAUAAAGUGCCCGCCGACUCCCAUCUCGACCUCCUGCUCGCGUCAAACGAAGCCGGAAGUCUGACACUUCGAGGAUUGGGAGGUCACGUGUGUCUUAACUACACAUACACUAACGAAAGUAAAACAAUACAAGUUCCACAGUUACUACAAAUUGGUAAACAAAGAAUUGAAAAUAAUGGCAUCCAAGUAAUAACGUCAAAUGACGUCACUCUGCACGCGAUGUAUCACGACCCGUCUACCACGGAUGGGUUUUUGAUACUUCCGGUUCGUGAAUUGUCGGAUACGUACGUUGUACCCUCCUACGACAAGAACGGGAUAUUUAAGACGUUUAUUGGCGUGACAGCCGUGGAAGACGGUACAACACUAGAAAUGAAGCUACACACAAACCAUGACUACUUCCUGAACGGCAGAACGUACAGGGAUGGCGACAAGCUCACGAUCUAUCUCAAUGCACUGGAAGCGUUCGAACUAGCCCAUACCGGUGACGUAACAGGAACUCUGAUCUCUAGUAACCAUCCAAUAGCCGUUCAGACCGGAAGUCAGUGUUCGAGUGUUCCAGUCGGUACUGGGACUUGUAAUCAUCUACAGGAAAUGGUGCCACCAGUGUCCGGAUUAGGAUCCGUUUACAUUGUCCCACCCUUAGUUAGCAGUCAGGGAUAUAUCGUUCGGAUUAUUGCAGCUUAUCCUACUACCAUUGUCGACAUAAAAAACGGAGACCAUGCGGAACUUUCUGGUUUCAUUUUACCGGAGGCCGGUAACUUCAGCAAUAUUGAAGUGACUAGUUCUGCACUGACCUUUAUAAACAGCAGUCAGCCAGUGCUGGUAACACACUACGCGGAGGGCGCACAUCGGGGCGAGCCGGCUAUGACAGUAAUUCCACCACUAUAUCAAUAUCGGACGGAGUACGAUAUAUCGGUGUCGGAUCGACAGGGAUACGAAAAUUACUUAGCACUUAUUAUUCCCACGAAUCAUAUCAAUGACGUCAUGAUCAAUGGCGUCACUUUGAGCUCACUUGCAGAUGUUUACAAGCAUCAUGGUAUUCACGAUUCGAUUGUGUACAGCGCCGUCGAUGUCAAGGUUGAUCCAGGAAGGUAUCAUGUCACGUGCGAGCCUCCUACCACCGAGUUUGGACUACUUGUGUAUGGUGUGUCGGGCGAAAACGCGUAUGAAUACCCCGGUGGUCUCUGAGCAGCGCUACGUUUGAUGUUCCUACAGAUAAUCUACGUGAAGAGGGGAUUUCUGUCAUCAUUUCCAGAACCAGACUAUUAAAAUGUUUUGAAAUAUGUUCUGCUUGUUAUUUUACAACGUCUAUCAUUUAGCUCGAAAUGAUCUACAUUUAUUAGUAAAAUGACGCUACGGGGGCAAAUGUCAUAAUCGUAUUCAUGUGACCUCACUGAAUACAAGUAUCAGAACUUUUCUAAUAUCUAAAUUAUUACAGAUAAACGGAAAUAUGAUUUUAUCGCUUUAAAAGAACUUCGAAAUUUUUUAACAAGUGAUUAUAUUGUCAAGUGUUGACGUCGCUCCAAUUCCGGUUUUUAUUCCAAUCUCUCCCAAGAUGCUUCAAACGAACAUGACUAUUGUGUUUGGGUUCGUAAUCUUUUAAGAUUAUGAUAAUGUAUAUCAAUUACUUCGAAUAUUCUAUUUUGAUUUUCACAAAAUAUAAAAUGGCAAAGGCAGAUAAGUUCAGUGUUGCAAUGAAGGUCUAUGAGUUUAAUGAUGAAAAUAUUGACUGUCGUAAAACUACGGAUUGCAAUAUUAAUGAACUAAGGACUAUGUAUGGUUUGGGCGUGUUUUGGCCCCCAACCAGAUGCAUCAAAAUUCAAAACCUUUAA